AUGGAGGAUGUCAACGACCUGGCAAGGGAGGGAUUCCCAGUGGAGCUCCCGCAAGAUCUCAAGCUUUUGCCCCAUGAUGCAGCGGCAGCUGAGAUGGCAGUGCAGGCCGAGAAGGCACCGCCGCUGCAGAGAAAGCAACAAUCGACGGGAGGGAGCAACUUCGGUCAAGACGUCGCUGCAAGCAGAAGCAAUCAAUGUGAGCAUCCAGCAUCCGGUGAAAUCACGGUGAAUCCGUUCUCAUCCGCUCCAAAUCCGAUGCCUGCUCUGCCUGAACUACACGAGGCUGGACUCAACUCAAUAGAAAAGCAGGGGUUGGAGGCCACGAAGACAUCUCAAGAAAUGGCCAACAAUGAAGCCUUAGAGGCCCAAGAGCUGGACCCACAGCACUCCAAACAAGAUCAAGAAGGAGCAAUAAGUCCUCGAGAGAUUGAUCCGGCUCUACAAGCAAGCGUGCAGGAUUUCCUUCCAAAGUUGGCUCGGGAGCUUAAGGGGCUGCUCCAGUGCCAGGCAGAAUUGAUGGCGACUACUCAAGUGAAAGGCCAUCAGCAGCACCACGAUUUUUUACUUGAAGAUAUGCUUCAGAAGAAGAUUGUUUCGACAAAGGCCCCUAGAAGAUCAGAUCCGCUGCUCCCAAAGGUGUUCGCGAGGAUCGAGAAGGACAUGAUUCAAAAAAGGAUACCAUAUGAAAAAGAAACAGAAAUGGGUGAACAAUGA